GAACUCCAACAGCAAAAACGACCGGAGGAACCGCAAGUUCAAGGAGGCCGAGCGGCUCUUCAGCAAGUCCUCGGUCACCUCGGCAGCGGCGGUCAGUGCGUUAGCUGGAGUUCAGGACCAGCUCAUUGAGAAGCGGGAGCCAGGCAGCGGCACAGAGAGCGACACCUCUCCAGACUUCCACAAUCAGGAGAACGAGCCCAGCCAGGAGGACGCUGAGGAGCUGGACGGGUCUGUGCAGGGGGUGAAACCCCAGAAGGCGGCUUCCUCCACCUCUUCUGGGAGCCACCACAGCAGCCACAAAAAACGGAAGAACAAAAAUCGGCACAGCCCGUCUGGCAUGUUUGAUUAUGACUUUGAGAUUGAUCUCAAGUUAAACAAAAAGCCAAGAGCCGACUACUAG